UCUCAUCUCAGCAAUAUAUCAAUCAUAUACUGUAUUUAAUUAAUUAAUACUUUCACUCCCAUCUUCAAUUCCUCUCUGUCUAAACACUAUCCAGAACUCUCCAAUUUGCAGGAAAGAAGAAGAGAUGGCGCCGCCGUGUCCUUCUCCGAUCGCCGUCGUCUUAGCCGUCUUCGUUCUUGGCCAGCUUUCCGGAUUUGCAGAUGCAUACAAGAAUUAUACUGUGGGCGGUUAUUUGGGCUGGACCGACAACGGUUCUGUUGAUUACCAGAAAUGGGCCUCCAAUAACACUUUCUCGCUCGGCGAUUUCCUAAUUUUCAGAACCGACACCAAUCACUCAGUUAUCCAAACUUACAACGAAACCACAUAUGAAGAAUGCGACAGUGAAGAUGAUGAUACCGCACUCCAGUGGUCAUACACAGACCCUUCCACCGCCACUUCAGUACCCCCAUCGACUCCCUUGUAUGUGCCACUUACCAAGGUCGGGACGACGUACUUUUUCUCCGACGACUAUGACGGAGAACAGUGCAAGAACGGUCUACGUAUGAAACUUAAUGUUACACAUGGUCAAGGCUUACCACCUAGUAUGAGAUCCCCCGAUAAAUCGCCAGCUCCAACGAGCCCCCAAUCUGGCGAUGAUUCGGUGCCUGAUACAUUGGUGCCAGCUUAUUUCAAUAACCCCCAUAAUGUAAGUGAUGAAGAUAGUGAGAGCCCGCCUAGUUCGGUUUCUUCACCAACUUUUUCUAAAGUGUUUGGGACAUGGUCAACUGGGAUCCUAUUUGUCUUGGUCCUAGCUUGUACCAUUUGAUCAUCAUAGUCUUCAUAUUUUCCUUUGCCUUCUAAAAUCACUAUCUAUACUUCUAUAGUCUACACUUCAAGCACACUAUGUAUUCUUUUGUUAUAUGACAACUAUAUCCUAGCCUCCUAGGCCUUGUACCUUGAGUCUUCAUGUUCUGAUUGCUUAGUUAAUAUGUUUUGAAGAUAUAAUCCAAAUUUUAGAAUCUCUAAAUGAAUAAAAACUAAAAUUUCAGCCCCAA